AUGCUCAGAUUUGACGAUCGAUUUGCACGUCAGAACCGCUGCGAGCCUCCACCAGAGUUUCCUCUGGCUUCACCCUAUCCAAGCAUAGUUCACCAUCUUUCGGGUCCAAGGCUUAACGCUCCUACUCAAAUCCAUCCGAAUACAUCAGGAUCGGUCGAUGAUGCGCCGAAGCUCUCACCUACGUUCACUUUCAUUACGCGUGCGGGUUUUACACCCAAACACUCGCGCAAAACCUUGACUCCUUGGUCCGUGUUUCAAGACGGGUCGCUGGUGACCAUUACGCCAGCAUCCUUGCAGAAGCGCGGUCCUCGGUCCCCGCGGGGGCAUUGCGCCCCGGGCUAUAACACUCCCGGAGGAGCUACGUUCCCGGAGCCUUUAUCCCCCCGCAGGAACCGAUGCUGGCCCGAGCCGGGCAGAGUGCACCGGUGA